AUGCCCUCGUCACGAGAGAUCAACAGAGCGAGCAGCUCGAUGGCUAAGCUCCACCUGCCCUCAGGCAGUGCACCAGCACGACUUACCGCGUUGAACACCUGCAGCAGAAAAGGAGCCAGCUUCCCCUCGCAAGCCCUGUACAGCUCCCCGGUGCGUGUAGAUGGUUUAACAGGGAACAUUCAGUUUGACCAAUACGGGAAGAGAAUCAACUACUCAGUGACAAUCAUGGAACUGAAGAACAACGGACCUGUAAAGAUUGGCUAUUGGAAUGAGGUGGAUAAGAUGGUGGUGACAAAGUCAGAUCUUUACCCUAACGACACCAUGGGAAUGGAAAACAAGACCGUCAUCGUUACAACUAUACUGGAGAAUCACCCUAACAGGUUUUUGUGUGUAAAUGCAGGAAGCCCCUAUGUGAUGCUGAAAAAGAAUGCAGAGCUGUUUCAAGACAAUGACCGUUACGAAGGUUAUUGUGUUGACUUGGCUGCGGAGAUUGCAAAGCACUGUGGUAUACGCUACCAGCUGAGGAUUGUGGGAGAUGGCAAAUACGGAGCAAGAGAUGCAGAAACCAAGAUCUGGAAUGGUAUGGUGGGAGAGCUGGUGUAUGGGAAAGCAGAUAUAGCAGUCGCUCCCCUGACGAUCACUCUUGUUCGUGAAGAGGUGAUAGAUUUCUCAAAGCCCUUCAUGUCUUUGGGAAUCUCCAUCAUGAUCAAAAAGCCACAGAAAUCCAAACCAGGAGUCUUCUCUUUUCUGGACCCACUGGCCUAUGAAAUCUGGAUGUGCAUUGUCUUUGCCUAUAUAGGAGUCAGUGUUGUACUCUUUCUGGUAUCCAGAUUCAGCCCCUAUGAAUGGACUCUAGAGGAGCCAGAAGAUGGAGCUUUGCCGCUGACAACUGAAUCCACCAAUGAGUUUGGGAUAUUUAACUCCCUUUGGUUCUCUUUGGGUGCUUUUAUGCGGCAGGGUUGUGACAUCUCGCCAAGGUCUCUGUCAGGUCGUAUAGUGGGGGGGGUGUGGUGGUUUUUCACUCUGAUUAUUAUCUCAUCAUACACUGCCAACCUGGCUGCCUUCCUGACGGUGGAGAGGAUGGUUUCUCCCAUCGAGAGUGCUGAAGACCUGGCUAAACAGACAGAGAUAGCAUAUGGAACCCUGGACUCUGGAUCCACCAAGGAGUUCUUCAGGGUAAGGACUUCUUCAUACACAUAGAAGCGUUUGUAGGUUACCACUAAUGCAUGUGUUAGUAAGGUUGUUCCAGCACUAGUCUCCCAAACAGUUUUGUGGCUCUUCAUCAUAGAUACUGUUAGUGUGUGGAACUCUAAUGGAGGGAUGAACAGCACUCUUUCAAAAUAUAUUCAUUCAUUUGG